AUGUCUGCUCGCUCCGCCACCCCUGCCUCGACGCCUUCGCUCGUCAACCGCCGCCUCGCCUCGCUGCUCGUGGUCCUCGAGGCUCUGCCGACCGCCGACGCCGCGCUCGACGUGGUUGAGGAGUGGGCGCAAGAUUUGUCGCCGCUCGUCCUUGCCUAUCGCAAGGCCCUGGGCGCCAUUUGCGACGAGGAGACGGAGUUGCGCGUCGCCGCCGCUGUCAAACAGCUCGCCGAGCGGGCGUCAGGGUCGUUGGUCGAGUGGGCGCGCGGCGACUGGCCCGAGCUCGCAACUGCCAUCGACUCCGAGGUCAAACGACGCCUCGAAGAACAGAGGCGCCUCGCCGAGGAGGAAGCACGACGCGUCGAAGAGGCCGCGAAGCGUGCGAAGGCCGCCGAGGAACGUCGCCUCGAAGACGAACGGCGUCGGAAGGACGAAGAGGACCGUCGGAAGCAGGCCGAAGACAAGCGUCGCGCACAAGAGGCCGCCGAUGAGGAGUUGGCGCGGAUUGCGGCCGCCGAAGGCCUUCUCUCUGACCCCGCGCCUGCCGGUGUCGACAAGGGGAAAGGGCGCGCAAGGGUCGACGAGGAGGUCACCGAGUUGUCGGAUGACCCUUCGAUCAAGACUCCUCGGACGGUCAAACACCCGUUCGCAAUGACGGAGGCCGACAUGGCCGCCGCGGCGAUUGAAAAGUGUCAGGCCGGACAGAAGUGCGAUCGUUGCGCCGGCUACCGCUCGGCCCCGGUCAAUUGCGUGUGGGUCGAGAACGCUACGACCUGCGAGAGGUGCGCGCAGUUCCAACAGGGCUGCUAUUUCGACAAAGUGUCUGUCCUGGGCAAGACAAAGAAGAUGCGCGGCGGGGGAUCAACCACCAAAAAGCGCAUUCGGCCGGCCUCUCCUGGGCCUUCGAUCGCGGACUUGGGUGACGACCUUGACGCGCUCGACCUCGACGAUGAAUCUCGGGGGAUCAUCCACGUCAUCCGCGAGGAGCGCGCUCACAUCGCUCGCCGUCGAGCGCUCCUACAUGACAUGGACCUCGACCUCCAGAAGAUGGAGAAGGCCGCGCUUGCAAAGGGCGGAAUCGGUUUCGUGCACGGGGCUGUCGAUGAGGAGUAG